AUGCACAGACGUUCGUCUGGCUCGCCUGUCGAGGACGACGCUGAAGAUUCAUUAAGCUCUCGAACUCCACCAGAGCCAAAUAAUGGUCCCAAUGUCGUCGACACGCCGGAAAAAUCGCGUUCGCAGGUAGCCCGCACUGGCACCAGCAUAGACCUCCGGAGAGACGCCACGGGCGCUUCAACCCCCAGGUCCCGAAAUUCGAGCAUGUGGAGGACGCUACCAUCCUCAUCAAUCACCUCAGUCUCUCCGGAUUGCAAGUCGUCCUCCGUCAUCAUGCCAUUGGCCUCUCAGCGUCUACCCAUGGAGGCGUCGCCGGACCAUCAGCAUCGGUAUCGACCGUCCCGCCUCCGCAGUCCGUGGCCAUGUUCCAUUCUGACAGCCUUCACCACCUUCAUCGCUUCGAUCUUCCUCUUCUUUAUUCUCCGCUCGUUCGCCCUUCGUCAGACUGGUGGAGAUGGCUGUGGAGUACCGGUUAUGAGUCCGACAUUCAUUCGCAUGGUGGGGUUUGACACGGAACAUACGCGCUUUGCCAGCAAAUAUAAUCUCUAUCUCUAUCGGGAGGGAGGUGUUGAUCCAUAUAGUCAGGAGAACCUCGGGUUGAAUGGAGUCCCCGUCUUGUUCCUGCCCGGAAAUGCUGGAAGCUACCGGCAGGUCCGAUCCUUAGCCGCCGAAGCGUCGAGACACUACUACGAUGUUGUUCGUCAUGAUGAAGAUCGGGUGAAUGCUGGUACUCGAAGCUUGGAUUUCUUCAUGAUCGAUUUCAACGAGGAUAUGGCUGCCUUCCAUGGACAAACUCUACUCGACCAAGCCGAAUACGUCAACGAAGCCGUGGCAUAUAUUCUUUCGCUUUAUCAUGAUCCGCGACGUUCGCGAAGAGAUCCGGAGCUACCUGAUCCGAGUGCAGUUGUCCUGGUUGGGCACUCUAUGGGUGGCAUCGUUGCGCGAACAGCGUUAACAAUGACGAACUACCAAGCAAACUCGGUCAAUACGAUUGUUACCAUGUCAGCUCCCCACGCGAAACCCCCCGUCUCGUUUGACUCGGAUAUUGUUCAGACCUACAAGCAAAUCAACGAUUAUUGGCGGGAGGCCUACUCGCAAACCUGGGCCAAUGACAAUCCUUUGUGGCAUGUGACACUCAUCUCCAUUGCUGGCGGUUCGCGCGAUACUGUUGUGCCUUCUGAUUACGCUAGCAUCUCUUCCCUUGUUCCUGAGACCCACGGAUUUACUGUAUUCACGUCCACUAUUCCAGAUGUUUGGAUCGGCAUGGACCACUUGUCCAUCACCUGGUGCGAUCAAUUCCGAAAAGCCAUCAUCAAAUCCUUGUUUGAAGUCGUCGAUGUCCGACGCGCAACACAGACGAAACCGAGGGCAGAGCGCAUGCGGAUUUUCAGGAAGUGGUAUUUGACUGGAAUGGAGACUGUAGCAGAGAGGACGCUUCCACGAAAGGAGCCUAAUACUCUGUUGACACUGGAAGAUCAGUCCAACACAAUCUUAUCGCAAGGCAAACGGCUCAUUCUUCGCGACUUAGGCCAUCGCAGGGGUCCGAACGUGCACUUAUUGCCGAUUCCUCCGCAAGGCGUAUCCGGAAAGAAGUUCACCCUUCUUACAAACCAGCAAUUUGAUAAAUCCGGGGAUAAUGGGAGCCUAGAGGUUUUGUUCUGCAGUGUGUUCCCUCUACAAAAUGGGAAACCUGCAACGGCAUUUUCGAUGAACAUGGACUUCUCCGGAGGUACCUCAGGUUCAACUCGUCUCGCCUGCAAGAACGCCGCCGAAGAUGGAAUCCACUUGCCGGCGUCGACACCCUCCUCGAAGCGUCCUUAUGACCGAGUCCAGCCCUUCUCUUACCUCCAGUACGACCUGGAGGAUCUUGCAGAGCACCAGUUUGUAGCGGUCGUAGACAAAGCAAACUCGCCCACAAAGGGCUUUGUGUUGGCCGAAUUUUCAGAUAGCUCGGACUCUGUGAUCAGGGCUCGGUUAGGUUUGGGUAGCCUCCUUAGUGCCGGGCUGAAGGUGCGUCUACCGGCGAACCGCCCCAUGCUCACGGAGCUACACAUUCCGGCCGUGCACUCGAGUCUGCUAGACUACAGGCUCAAGAUCGUCCGAAAGAAUCACGGGCAACAGCAGGAGCUGUUUGCUCCCCUUUUGCGACAGUCUGUCGCAGAUCCGCAUGAGUCUAAAUUUUUCGUCAAUGUCAAGGAUGUCAAUGUGAACUUGCAUGGUCUGGCACCCUUCAUGCCUCCACCCCUCCGAGAGCAAGCGACAUUGGGUGGUGUUUCUUUUCACCUUUGGACUGAUCCGAGCUGUGAUUCCACGAUUGACAUUUCUUUAUCGGUGGAUAUUGCUAGUAGUCUCGGGGAGCUAGUAAUGCGGUACCGGACCGUGUUCGCUGCAUUUCCGCUCCUUGUUGUUGCCCUGGUCAUGCGUAAGCAAUUUCAGGUGUACGACGAAACGGGCUAUUUCAUCACAUUCGCCGAAGGUCUGGACAGUGCACUGCGAUCAUCCCUUCCCAUGCUCCUUUUAGCUAUGUCACUGCUAGCAUCUUCCCUGGCGACAUCUACAAAAUUGCCGCCUACUGACGACCCGUUCCAUUGGCGUACGAACUCCACUGAAUCCCCAGUUGACUUCACCAAGAACGACCUCCUCCUGGGCUCGCAGGACGCUUUUUUCUGGUUCCUAGUGCCUGUUUUCGGCCUCAUUAGCGUUGGAGUGUGUCUAAUCAUCAACUAUGUAGCUCUUGCUUUAAUCUUCCUUCUCACUACCCUCUAUGGGUUUCUUAGAAGCAAGUCGGGCUAUAUUCGACGAGAUGAGAAAGGAAACCUCCCUAUCUUCUCUUCUGCAAGUCCCAGAAGACGGCUGGUUAAUUCAGCCAUUCUAUUGGCUCUCGUGUCGACUGUCAUUCCAUAUCAAUUCGCAUACAUGGUGGCGUGCAUUGUGCAGUUAGCUACUAGUGUCCGGGCCAACUGGCAUGCGAAAGAAGCUAAAUCCACAACCCACUAUAACUUCGCCAACUUUGCUUAUUCGAUCUUCCUCCUGAUGCUGUGGAUUCUGCCGAUUAACGCUCUGGUUCUUCUUGUCUGGGCUCAUAAUCUGGUUGUGCACUGGUUUAUGCCAUUCUCAUCGCAUCACAAUGUGCUAUCGAUAAUGCCAUUUGUUCUCCUCGUGGAGGCCAUGACUACUGGAACUAUGAUUCCACGGGUAACCACACGGUUUAAACAUGUCACCUCUAUGCUCUUCUUUUUUAUCGCCAUCUACUCAGCAAUCUACGGCGUCUCGUACGCCUACCUCCUCCACCAUCUCACUAAUAUCCUCGCCGCCUGGCUAGUGGGAAUUUACUUCUCUGCCAGCGGAUUCUCAAUCUCACGACUGUGGCGGGUCCUAGAGGGGGACGAAGCGGUCCAGAACCCUGCAACAGGAAGCCACACGAAGAAAAAGCCAUAA